AGUGGCUGUCCCCCCCCCCCCGGUUUCGCUUCGAAAGCAACAGAGAAAGAAAAGAAGAAGAAAAGGAGACGACGCUCCUCUGAGUUACUGUACGUACUUGGACUUGGAGACAGACACAUUACGGCUUUCGGACUUAAAACCUCUCAUAUAUAUACGCAUAUAUAUCUCGGGAUCUUUUUUUGUUUAUCAGAUCCUUCCUAAAUCAUGAGCGACGAAACCCUCAAGCGCCCUUCAUCUCCCAGCUCUGAUAACCUACAUACUCUCAAAUUACAAAAGACCAACAGCAACAACACCACCAUGCCUUCUGCAGUCUCAAACGGCGCGGCCGCCGCCAACAUCGUCGGCGGAAACCCCGUCGCCCGCCCCCGGUUGAGCAAGCCGCUCGUCUACUCUGGCUCGUUAGACAGCUUCAAGAGCGCGGACGUCACCCCUGUCAUUGGUCGGGAGUACGAGGGCCUCCAGGUUGUUGACCUUCUCAAGGCUGAUGACCAGGUCAUCAGAGACUUGGCUGUCACGAUUUCUCAGCGCGGUGUUGUCUUUUUGCGAGACCAGCAUGUCACGCCAAACCAGAUGAAGGAUUUUUGCCUCCGCCUCACAGAGCUCGCCGGAUGUCCCGAAUCAUCAGGCCUUCAUAUCCACCCCCUGACCGAGGAAGGCAGCGAGCUCGGUGAUCAGAUUAGCGUCAUCAGCAGCGAGAAGCAGAAGAAAGGAGGCGGUCUCACCCACCAACUGAGCGACGUGAGCCGCUUCGCCAGCGCCGGCUGGCACACUGACAUCUCCUUCGAGCAAGUCCCCUCGGACUACGCAAUGCUCAAGAUCCACACCUUGCCCCCGACCGGUGGUGACACUUUGUGGGCUUCUGGGUAUGAGAUCUACGACAGACUCUCCCCUGCCAUGCAGAAGUUCUUCGAGGGGCUGACGGCCACCCACGACGCCACAUUCUUCCACGAAGAGGCCCGAAGGCUAGGCAACCCCCUCCGAGAAGGUCUCCGAGGCUCGCCGCUGAACAAGGGCUCCGAGCUCAAGGCCGUCCAUCCCGUCAUCCGCACCAACCCCGUGACUGGCUGGAAGUCCGUCUACGUGAACAAAGGCUUCACGAAGCGCAUCAACGGCGUCACAAAGGACGAGUCCGACGUCCUCCUCAACUAUCUCUUCAACCUCGUCACCCAGAACCACGACGCCCAGGUCCGCUUCAAGUGGCGCCAGAACGACCUCGCCAUCUGGGACAACCGGAGCAUGUGGCACUGCGCGACCUACGACUACGUCGAGGCCAGGGCGGGCGACCGUGUGGCGUCACUUGGCGAGGCGCCCUAUCUUGACUUGAACAGCACGGGCAGAAGGGAGGCUUUGGGGUUAUGAAAAGGAGUGACGGAAGCUUGCUGCGGCGACCGGCGUUUAGUUUUGAGACUUUUAAUGAACCAGCAGGGCAUCUGAUGAAUCGACGUAUUAGCCAUGGCAUUCACGUCUUGCAAAACAGCACAUGCGAUAGGGCACAAGUCAACAGACCAAUAUAAAUGGUUGCUGCUUGUCAUGACAUCUGCCAUGCCGCUUUCUGUUUCAUAAUGCAUAGUGCUAUUUGAUAGCCCAACAAAGGCCACCUGUUGACGGCCGGGUCUUGAACUGCUUAAAAGCUCAUCCGUUACAUGCCGAUCAUCAUAUUUGUUCCUUCAAUGUCAAACCCGUUCAUCGCCGCUGAGAUGGUCAACUGUAUCUCCAGUGUCUUCAUGAAGCAGAUCGCCAAUCCACCUGCUUUCCUCGAGUAUCUUUCUUGCUUCGUCAGCCUCAACCUCCAUGUCCUCGGAGAUCAACUGAACGGCCAGCUCGGGAACCAAGACUGCCUCCACAUAACUGGAGUAUCCACGCGAUGAUAUGAGCCGGUCUUCCACGGCUCGCUCUCUCAGCAUCGACGAGAAUUUGCCAAUAAUGUUUUCGGAAAAUGCACGCAGGCCGCGUGGGCCGUAGUACCCAGGCGUGAGGCUGUCCUCCGCCUUCAGGAGGGUGCGAUUCUUGCCUUCUUUGACCUUGGCGACCAGUAGUGACGCGUAGUGGGACGAACCACCGUUGAUGAUGCACCGAAGAAAGUCGUAAUGAGUUGUUAGUCGAGAGCCAAGACACUCCCAAUUAAUGCUGGGAUAUCCCCGAGCAUCCCAAGCAUCCUCGGCCGACUUCUUUUUGUGUAAUCGACAGAACUGGAUCUGCCUACGAAUAUGCAGCCGCGACCCCCCCGAAAAGCUGUCCAAGAGAGUCUUGGCAACGGUAUCACCGCACAUUGGGCAUCGUGUCUCUCUGUCAACGUCGGAACUUGAUUGGUCCGAGAGGUCCGAGAGGUCAAAGAACGAGUCGUGCUCCUCCUUCCCUUUACACAGGGGCUUGGGGCUCAACUCUGGGUCGCGGAGAAGAUCAGUUGAUUUCCUCUCAGGACUCUGCAGAGGUUCAGGCAGGGAUCCAGAUGGGUGCUUGAAUUCGGCCUUGAUGGGGCGUCGAGGCGAUGCGCCAGGGCUGAGAGAUGAAUGCUUGAGGAAAGACGCCUUUGGAGGGCUACCAGGAGGUGAGGACGGCCAAGAUGGAAGUUUCAUGAGGCCUUUGGGCGAAGCCUUGCCGGGAAAUUGAUCAAAUGGGUCAUCGUCAUAUGCCUUGAAUGACGGUAGUGGCUUUUUGGGGGGUGUUGAACAACGAACUUUCUCCCUUCCGGUUGGCUGCAGUCUUCCCUCGCGAACUCCUGGUCGUCGGUUUCUCAGACACAUUCCUCGGCCGCUGACUGGCGUUUUUGUCCUUCUGAGAGUAGGAUUUCGGUUCACCCCUCAGUUUUCUCACCUCUCUCGCCUCGUCAAGCCUGCUGGUCAGUGCCCUCUUUUUGUUAGAGAUGAGGUGAGACGCAGCAUCGACGGACGAGUUCCUCUUGAUCGGACGAGCCAUGGUCUCUGACUUCUGUGAGUUAACAGUCCGCUUCGGAUCCGAGUUACGCUCCUGUAACGCGCUGUACUGUCUAGCUUGUUCCUGUCCCCUCUUGGAAGUACCAUAGUAAGGGGUCCGUUGAAUGUCUGCCCGGGAUGGUCGUGGACUUUCGUCUGAGUCUGAAUAGUCGGUAGCGGGGUUGGAGUUGCUCUGGGGGCGGUUCUCCGCGUGCUUCGACAGUAGCGAAGGCUUUAUGAGCAUUUGGUCUGGCCUACUGCCUUGGAGAUUCGCCGAUAGGCGCGGCUGGCUGAGCGAGGGAGCCUCGGGCUCACUCAACUCCGAUUCCGUGUCAUCCAUGGGCGGGUCAUCAAUGUUUUUGGGCUCGAAACGAGCCUUGCCGUUGACAGUUUUGAGUAAAGGAGGGGGCAUCGCAUUUCUCGAUAGUCCCGCUCGCCGCCCAGUCUGAUAAUCGCUCCUGCUGGCCAUGUUGCUAGAGUCGAGUUUUGAGGCUCUCCUCUAGUCCGGCUGAUGCGGGCGGUAUUCUAGGCGCAGAGGCAACUUCGUUGAGCGUGACGCCAGCAAUGAUGUGCAAGCUUCUCAAAGGGAGUUUACCAUCAGUCCUGAUCAGCUAGACAGCCAAUCAAGGGCCUUGGUGAGGGGACAGAAUCGGGCCAGAAGUAGUCAACAUGUGCGGUGUGGGGCAAUGCAGCAAACGCCGAUUGACGGCCUGUUAGCUACGAUGCGAGGGUACGAACGCAUCGAGUGUGAAGAGAGGUUGUUGUUUGGCAACCGAGGGCCACAAAAAUCGUUGCCGGUUGAGG